UGGGUUGAUUCCACGAAUGAUUUCCUGCUUAGGUUUGUGCCCAUGAUUUGCUAAGCUUGCUUUCUGAAAAUAACAGGAAACCAGGCCAUAUUUGUAUUCGUUGAGGACUCAAGACCGAGAUGACAAUGACUUUAUCAGAAUGGAGGUGAAGCGUCUCAAUGCAAUAAGGAUUGCUCUCCAGAAUCUCCAAGACUAGCAUACCUCAAUUUGAGACCGUCUAUAUAUACUCUCCUUGAGUACUCUACUGUACCAAACGAAGAUAUGAGGAUCUUCACAAAGCUCUCUGCACCACUCUGCCUCCUUUUCGUCUUCCUCUGUCUUAAAACUGCCUUCUCAUCCUCUAUACAUGCUUCUUCCUUCUCAACAACGCAUCUCUGCUCUCAUGAGGAGGCUCUUGCUUUGCUGCAAUUCAAGACAUCCUUCUCCAUCGAUUACACUGUUCCGUAUCCAGAUUAUUGUGCCAAUCAUUUUUAUACUAAAGCUAAUUAUUCUAAGAUUGAGUCAUGGAAGGAAGGUAUAGACUGUUGUUCCUGGGAUGGGGUUAGCUGUGAUAAUGUCACAGGCCAUGUAAUUGCCCUUAAUCUCAGCUGCAGUUUCCUUUAUGGCACCUUUCCUUCCAACAGCACUCUUUUCUUCCUCAAAAACCUGCAGAGCCUCAAUCUUUCCUUGAAUGAUUUUAGGCAUUCCAAGAUUCCAUCGGAAAUCAGUCAGUUUACUAGACUAAAGCAUCUUGAUGUCUCUUUUUCUCGAUUUUCGAGCCAAGUUCCGGGAGAAAUUGCUUACCUCCCCAAGUUAGUUUCUCUCAACCUCUCUUGCAAUUCUUUUGACUUGAUCCUUGAAACAACUACCUUGAGAUAUCUUGUUCAAAAUUUGAGUGAGGUGAGAGAACUUGUGCUUAGUGGAGUGAACAUGACAUCUGUUAAUCCUUGUUCCUUCAUGAAUCUCUCUUCUUCAUUGACUACUCUUGUUCUUUGGGAGAGUGCAUUAAGAGGAAACUUUCCAAACAGUAUUUUCAGCUUUCCAAAUCUCAAGAAGUUUUAUUUAAGUGGAAAGCAAAACCUCAGUAUUGAUCUUCCAAGUACCAAUUGGAGCAGUCCUCUCCAACAGUUGUAUUUAGGUGAUAUGGAUUGCGGAAGGCGAUUGCCAGAGUCUAUAGGAGAUCUAAAGUCAUUACAGUAUCUGCAUCUUCACUGCAACUUUGAAGGUUCCAUUCUAGCUUCCAUAGGGAACUUAUCUCAACUUACUUACCUAAGCAUCUCUUAUAACAAUCUCAGCGGACAAAUCCAAUCAUCACUUGCAAACCUCACACAACUUACCUCUCUUUACCUUUUCAAUAAUCAGUUUUCUGGUCCCAUUUUAGCUUCCAUAUGUAACUUAAGGCAACUUACUAGCCUAUUCCUCUCUUCUAACAAUCUUAGUGGACAAAUCCCAUCAUCACUUGCAAACCUCACCCAACUUACCUUUAUUGACCUUUCCAAUAAUCAGUUUUCUGGUCCCAUUCCAGCAUCCAUAGGUAACUUAAGGCAACUUACUAGCCUAUACCUCUUUUCUAACAAUCUUAGUGGACAAAUCCCAUCAUCACUUGCAAACCUCACCCAACUUACCUCUCUUCACCUUUCCAAUAAUCAGUUUUCUGGUCCCAUUCGAGUUUCCAUAGGUAACUUAAGGCAACUUACUAGCCUAUACCUCUAUUCUAACAAUCUCAGUGGACAAAUCCCAUCAUCACUUGCAAACCUCACCCAACUUACCUCUCUUUACCUUUCCAAUAAUCAGUUUUCUGGUCCCAUUCCAUCUUCCAUAGGUAACUUAAGGCAACUUACUAGCCUAUACCUCUCUUAUAACAAUUUUAGCAGACAAAUCCCAUCAUCACUUGCAAACCUCACCCAACUUACCUCUCUUCACCUUUCCAAUAAUCAGUUUUCUGGUCCCAUUCCAGCUUCCAUAGGUAACUUAUCUCAUCUAACUGACCUAAGCCUCUCUUCUAACAAUUUUAACGGACAAAUCCCAUCAUCUCUUACAAACCUCACACAACUUUGCUAUCUCUUCCUUUCUUAUAACUUACUUAAUGGCACGUUGCCACCUUGGAUUUUCACCCUACCUUUGUUAGAGUACUUGUAUCUCAAUCAUAACCAAUUUCGAGGUCAAAUAAAUCAAUUCCAGCAAAACUCACUCACACACCUAGAUUUGUCAAACAAUAAACUCCAGGGCUCAAUUCCUAACUCAAUUGCUAAUUUAGUAAAUCUUAGUUAUCUCAAUUUAUCAUCAAAUCAUUUUAGUGAUUUUGUAGUGCUUGACAUGUUCUCGGCGCUUCAAAAUCUCGAAAUUCUUGACCUUUCUCAUAACAACUUAACCGGAAAGAUUCCAAAUUGUCUUCCUAAGUCUCUCUCAGUGUUGAAUUUGCAGGCCAAUUACUUUGAUGGAAAUAUAGCAUUUGGGUUUCCAGAGGGCUGUGGAUUACGAAAUCUCAAUUUACAUGGAAAUCAAAUGGACGGCUUAUCACCAAGGUCUUUGGUGAAUUGUCGCAUGUUAGAGGUUCUAGACGUUGGCAACAACAGCAUAAGUGAUACAUUCCCUUAUUGGUUGGAAUCUCUACCAGACCUUCAAGUGCUUGUCUUAAGGUCCAACAAGUUCCAUGGUUCUGUGCAGAGCACCAAAGAAAGUCCAUCUUUUCCCAAGUUGCGAGUUCUAGACCUCUCCAGCAAUUAUUUUGUUGGUGCUUUGCCUGUUCGGUACAUUGAAAAUUUUAAUGCGAUGAUGGACCCUCAUAAAGAUGGUGGUUCCCCUGAAUACAUGAUGGUGUCGACAGGAGCCAAUUCUUAUCAGUAUUCACUAGUUGUGACAUGGAAGGGAUUCGACUAUGAGCUGCAGAAAAUCUUGACCAUAUUCAGUAGUAUUCAUCUCUCAAAUAACAUGUUUGAGGGAGAAAUUCCAGAUGUUAUUGGAAAGCUUAGUUCUCUCAAAGGGCUUAAUCUUUCUCAUAACAACCUUACUGGUCAUAUCCCACCGUCACUAGGGAAUUUGACGAAUCUGGAAUGGUUGGAUCUCUCUUCCAAUGAGCUGGCAGGGAAAAUUCCUGAUGAAUUGGUAUCUUUGACCCAACUCUCUGUAUUGAAUCUUUCAAAUAAUCAUCUCAUCGGACGCAUACCACAGGGCAAUCAGUUCAACACCUUUGGAAAUGGUUCUUAUGAAGGAAACCUUGGACUGUGUGGAAUCCCAUUGUCAAAAUCUUGUGAUGGAAUUGGGACAUCGCCGAGCUCCUUCCAAGAAAAAGAUGAGUUGUGGAGAUUUGGCUGGAGAGUUGUGGUGUUAGGCUAUGGAUGUGGAGUUGUUUUUGGACUGCUGAUGGGAUAUCAUGUCUUUCGAACAGGAAAACCAAAAUGGUUUGUGUCUUUGUUUGAUGGCCGACAAAGUCAAAGUGGAAGGAAGAUGAGGAAACCCAGAAGAAUUGUUGAAAGAAGAAGCUAGUUGCAGAGUUGAUGUUUUAGAGCUUCUGAUUUAAUGUUUCCAGAAUAAGUGCUUUUCGGUUUGAAGUUCUUGUUAUGGCUGGCAUUGGCUUGUCUAAAAUUGUCAGCCUUCUCUUGUCUUUAUUAUGCUUUGUAAUUUUGUCUUUCUUUAUUGUAAAAUAUAUUUGAAGGUUCAAGCUGUUAAUCUUCCUUUAUUAAUGUACUUCCUUAAGCCAGUUGGUAUCAAACUGGAAGUGAAGGUAUGUCAAGUUCCAUUCUUUAUAGUUUUGUUCUUGAGAUUCUCAUUAGCACAGCCAUAAAAAUUCUUGCUUUAC